AUGGGUAAAGAAAAAGAUACUGAUUCGACAAAUGAUAGUGAUCUAGAUGUUGAAGGAACAGACGAGAAAAUUGCAUACCCAAAAUCAGUAUUCUUUAUUGUCAGCAAUGAAUUCUGCGAAAGAUUUUCUUAUUAUGGCAUGCGAACAAUUCUCUCCUUGUAUCUCAUGGACAUACUCAGCUACACGGAAUCUUCAGCCAAAGUCCUCUACCACACCUUCACAAUGUUCGUCUACUUUUUCCCAGUACUUGGAGCCAUAAUUUCGGAUAGUUGGCUGGGAAAAUUUCGCACAAUACUCUACGUUUCUAUUAUCUAUGCUUGCGGUAGCAUCCUGCUGGCUCUUACUGCUGUAGAUCCUUUAAGCAUACCACAAACAGCAUUUUCCAUGUUAGCUUUGUUCCUAAUCGCCAUCGGUACUGGUGGUAUUAAGCCUUGCGUUUCUGCUUUUGGAGGAGAUCAGUUUAAAUUGCCACAGCAAGAACUUCAACUAGCAACAUUUUUCUCGCUGUUUUAUUUUUCUAUAAACUCUGGGAGUUUGAUAUCGACAUUUUUGACGCCUAUUUUGAGAAACAACGUCCACUGUUUUGGUAAUAAUAACUGUUAUCCUUUGGCGUUUGCAGUUCCUGGAGUUUUGAUGGUAGUCUCUAUAUUUAUUUUUGCUUUGGGAAAACCAUUGUACAAAAUUAAGGAGCCGAAAGGAAAUGUGUUUGUUGAUGUGGUCAAAUGCAUGACGUAUGCAAUUACGCAUCGAAAAAGCAAUCCUGACGUCGAACAUUGGCUGGAUCGUUCCAAAGACAAAUUCGGCGAAAAACUAGUAAGCGACAUCAAAGCCGUACUCAAAGUUUUAGUCCUCUACAUCCCCCUUCCGAUUUUCUGGGCCUUAUACGACCAACAAGGUUCAGGAUGGACUUUCCAAGCCGUAAGAAUGGACGGCAAUAUAGGAUUCUAUACGAUUUUACCCGAUCAGAUGCAGGUGGUGAAUCCUUUGUUAAUUUUGGCUUUUAUUCCCUUGUUCACCUACGCAAUUUAUCCUCUACUGGCAAAAUGUCAUUUGCUUAGAACGCCUUUGCAAAGGAUGUGCUGUGGUGGUUUUAUGACUGCUAUUGCUUUUGGUAUUUCGGCUUGUGUCUCUAUUGCCUUGGAAAACACUUAUCCCGUAGAACCAUCCACUGGACAAGCUCAACUAAGAAUCUACGACACAACAAAUUGUCAAUACAGUUUUACUAGUGAUACAAUUCAAGGUGGUGCAGUGAAUGGAUAUUAUGUGAACUUAGACGUGCCAAUUCCUAAUGCAAGUAGAAUGAUUUCCUUUAACUUCACAUCAUUGGAUUCUUCUUGUUUACCUAUUGAUAUGAAUAUGAAAAUGAACGAGUCAUCAGCUUACGGUAUUUAUUUGCACAAAAGAGGCGCAACUUCAUUUAAGGAUAAUGUAGCCAAAAGUGAAGACGGAAAACCAUUGGUCAGAACCCUAGUAGAUGACAAUACAGCAUCCAUCACCUACACUUUAGACGGCAAAGACAAGACAAUCGAACCUGGAAAUAUAACUCUAAUGUCAUUCGCAAAUGUUGGAACUUAUUCUAUUGCCGAAAUAAGUGAGGAUGUGGAAUUCAAGCUUGGUGGAACUUACACUGUAAUUAUUAGCUUGACAAACAACAAUUACAAUCUUCAAAUAAUCACUAAGCCUAACUCUGUCCAUAUUUUGUGGCUCUUGCCGCAAUAUUUCGUCAUUACAGCUGCGGAAAUUAUGUUUUCCAUUACCGGGUUGGAAUUGUCUUAUUCGCAAGCCCCGGCUUCAAUGAAAUCCGUAUUGCAAGCCUGUUUCUUGUUAACGACAGCUUUUGGUAAUCUUAUUAUCGUACUUAUAGAGUCUGCUAAGAUUUUCGACAAACAGUCUAAUGAUUUCUUCCUUUAUACUGGUCUUAUGGUGGUUGAUAUGCUGAUGUUUAUGUGGCUAGCAAUUAGAUAUGAAUAUGUGGUUGAUGAGGAUAGUGAUACUGAAUUGGCUAGCCAAGUGACGCCGAAAGCGUCGAUGAAUGGAAGAAAAAGUAUUGGGACCUCAAAGGGAGUAGAUAAUCCCGCUUUUGAGUGA